GCACGUUAUAAGUUGUCAAGUUGGAUGGGAAGAAUCAAAGAAGUCCCUGCUUGCGUCUGUGGCGUCCUCUGAAGUCUAAAGUAAAGUGACAGACCACGGAGAGACACGCAAAGCCUCUUGGGGGCCAUGUCUGGCACUGGGAGUGCUAAUAACAGCUGGACCAUCCUCACUCCUGAGGAAACUGCUGCUGAAACCCUGAAGCCUGUGAUAAUGGGGACGGAGUACCAUGGAGAAACCCAUACAACUGCACCAGGUUCUGGGGACAACAACCAGCCUGCAAAUGGUGCAAAGUCUGCAGAAGGUCUCCCUGUAGAGAACUACCUAGUACCAAAAGAAAAAACAGCAGAGCUAAGUGGAGGCUCGAGUGCAGAUCAGCCCACCUCUGUGCCCACUUCUGUCACGGAUAACCCCAUUCCUUCCUCUUUGGAAGUCUCCAGCAACUUGAACCAUGGCAGUGAUGAAGUCAGCCAGGCAGGGGGCCUACCUGAGGGCCCGGCGCAGAGCAGCUCUGACCCUGAUUCAUACUCUGACUCCUACACUCAUGUAGCUCCUUCCCCUGAUGAGCCCCCACUCUUACCGUUGAGCACAGAGACUCUUGGAGGUGCAGAGUGUGUGCAGGUGGAAGGAAUGCAGCAUCUGCGAAAUGGGGAGGAGCUAAAACAAGAAGGGGAGGAGUCAGAUGCGUAUCUAAAGACAACUGACUUGGCAAAAGAAACGGACCCCCCUGCAGAUUCAGAAGUGAGUCAGGAGAGAACCGAGAAGGCUGGAGAGGAGGGAGAGUCAGAGGUGAGGAAGAGAAGGUCCCUUUUAGCAUCUCUGGAGCAGAUUGGGAGAAGAGAAGAGGAAGAGGAAGUGGAAGAAUUUCAGCUCCCCCAGCGAGAAGACGACAGCGGGUUUUCUGUGAACAAGUGCAUCCUAGGUGCUCUCAUUCUGUUAGGCCUUGGCACCAUUUUUUUCUCAGGUAUCUUCAUGGAUCUGGAUGAGGAGAGCGACUAUAGUACAAGGGAUCUGAAAGAUACAGAGCUACCAGGAAAACGGGAGUGGCUUAACCCAGAGGCUCCUCCAUCCCCACUAGAUGCUGACAAUUCAGAGCUUUUAAACAAGCUAGCCAAAGGGAAUGAGCAGAUUUCUGUGCUCCAAGCCCAACUUCAGGCACAGAACGAGGAGCUAAAAGUAGCCCAGGGACAGGCAGCAGAGGGAGCAAAGGAGCGGCUGAGGUGGGAGGCGGUGGAGAAGGAAAACAGUAGGUUGAAGACAGAGAUGGCUUCUCUCCCUGUCCUUCAGAAAGAGAAUGAGAGGAUGAAGAAAGAGCUGGAGUCAUUCCCGGCCCUACAGAAAGAACUAGAAACUCUGAGAUCCACUGUGACAGAAUUAAAAGUCUCUUCAGGCAGUCAGACAGCUCAAGCCUCUGUGAAGCUCUCUACAUUGCCCCCACCUGGUCAGCCAGAGGACAGCAAUCAGGAAACGGCUGGGUCCACAGGGAGACAGACAAAGCAUCCACGGGAUGACCCAAAGCAGAAAAAGAAAGAUGUGAAGAGAGAUCGGUAUGACAUGGGCGAGCAGAAAGAGGGAAAAGAGAGAAAAAAAUCUGUAGGGAUGGAAGGAGAGAAAAAGGGCCGUAAAGAUGGAGGUAAAAAAGAAUGGAAGAAGGAAAAACAUGAGCAAGGAAUGUUUGACAGGGAGAAUGAUAAGCAAGGUAGACAGAAGAGGCAUAGCGAAGGGGAAAAACAGUGGAAGGAGAAAGACUGGAAGAAAGGGAAGACUAGCAGAGGUGAUGAAGGAAAGCCAUGGAAAGAUGGGGAAGGAAAAAGAGAGCGGGCAGAAAAGAGGGAGAAAAAAGAAUGGAAUGAAGAUGUUGAUAGGAAAAGACCAAAGCAUGAGAAAGUGAAUGAGGGUAAACAAUUGGGAGGUAAGGAGGAGAACAAGCAUUGGAAGGAAGGAAAGGAUCAUGGGGGGAGACAGAAAGAACAAAAGGAAUGGAAGAAGCUGAAAGACGGCUUCAAAGACAGUGGAAAAGCGCAGUGGGAAGAUAAAGAGUGGAAGGAGAAAGGAGAGAGAGAGUGGAGAAGAGGCACUGAGAGGAAUGAUAAAAAUGACAAACUUCAGGGUAAAGCAGGGAAAGAAAAGGAUGAAAGGAAACGGUGGGAAGGCAGUAAAAAUCAUGGCAAAGACGGAUCGAGGGAAGAUGACAGGAAGCGAUGGAAUGAAUAUGAGCGGAAGAGUCAAAAUGGAAAACACGAUAAGGAAUGGAAGAGCAAGGACAAGAAGUGGGAACAGUCGAAACAGGAGCAAUUGAAAGAGGGAGACGGGAGGAAGGAGAAGAAGCCUAAUGAAGACUGGAAAAAAGACAAAUCGCAAUUCCAGAAAAGCAGAGAUGUAUACAAGGUUAAAAAUAAUCAUGGCAAAAAGGAAGAACAUCAGUACGGAGACCAAAAGCAGCCUCAUACACACCGCAAACCCUCCAUGGGGCAGCCUGAGUACUGGGUCCAGCAGAGAGAGCGUCUCCAGCACAGUCCUAAACCUCCACAGGAGUGCGACUCAUUGGAGUCCUGUGCAAAGGCUGAGCGGCUGCUCCCUGUCCACUUACCCGAGUUUGAGGCCAUCCUCCAAACCUAUCUAGCUAAGGCAGAGCAAGCAGGUGUGGAUAAUUCCAAAAGAGAGGAGCUCAAAAAGCUGGCCACACAGUUUUUUAAGGAUGGAGUUUUUGUUCAUGAUCAGAUGAGCUUUCAAGAUUUUGUUGAAGAUUUGAGCGAUAUUUUAGAAGACAUGGUGGAAGAGGACGAGGAUGGGGAACAAGAUAGCGCCAUAGAGGAUGAAAUGGAGGAGUUUGAGAGAGAAGUCAUGAAAAAGUUUUCAUUGCCAGGAGCUGGAGAGAAGGAGGAGAGAAUCAAAGGGGACUGGAGAAAGGAGAGCGGACAAGGACGUGGCUGAUGAAAUGAUAGAACUGAUGGAUCUGUCAAAAGUGGCUAAAAGGAGUCAGAGCGAGUGAGGGUUUACUCAAAGGGAACACUUCUUAUUGGACCACAGAGGCUUAAAGUAUACAUUUAUCAACCUGUCAUGCUUUUUGCAGGACGGCCUUUUGUGUUUUACCUCCAUCUGCUGUCCACUUUCUGUUUUUGUUUGUUUUUUGGGGGAGUGCUCAUGCACACACUUAAUGCACUGUCACAUAGGAAGGGCUUGAACGUACAUUAGACGUGUGUGUGUGUGUGUGUGAGAGAGAGUGUUAUGGGAAGUGCUGAGUCUGAUAUUUUAAACAUUUACUUACAGCUGUUUAUUUGGGACCGACCACCUGCAGCUACUGUGAAUGUCCGUUAGUGUGAAAGUCAUUGCUAUUCACAAUGCUGUAUUCUCUUACACUGUUGCUCUCAUUAAGAUUUCUAAAAGAUGCUGCACAGUCUUAUUCAAACACUACACUUUCACUAUUUUCUGCAAGCGGCACUGUGCACUUUUAAAAUCUGCUUAUUCGCUGAUCAGGCCCGUAGCAUGGCUGUUUUUUGUUAAUUAAGCAUGGACUGCUGAACGAAUUGAGCGAGGGUCUGUAUUCAUGACACUUCUGUUUGUACAUACAUUAUGCUUGUGUUUAGGAACUUGCUUAAAUUUACAAAUGUCUAAUUAACUUAUUUUAUAGGUGUAAUAUAGAGAAUUGAUGGGCACAUGAGAUUUUGACAUGUUGAGCAUGUUUAUUGCUGUUCAGGUGUGGAGCUUAUGCAGAUGUCCUUAAGUUAUUGCUUUGUGAUGACUGUAACAUUUGUUUGUGGCUGGUGAUGGUACUUAAGAGAUUUGUUUUCAAAAACGCUUUCUUUAUCUCUUUAUGUGUGGAUAAACUUAUGAAAUGUAGCAGAUUUAAAGGCCUUCAGCACCAUAGAGAUUGGGGGGGGG